CAAAGAGGGUAGAGUUAAGGUUACAUGGACAUACACUUUAGCUCUGUAGUUCCUCAUUUUCUAAAAUCUGAAUUUUCUGAACUUGACAUUCUGAAAGGACACAAGCUACUGCUGGGCAACCUUAACUCUGCAUUAAUGAAGAUGCCCUGUGCAGGGGCGGGAGCUGCCUACCGAAGAAGCCGGCCCCGCUACCUCCAGCACCCUGAGUUUUCCUGGGCGGCUCCCACCUCCCUCCAACUCAUGAGCGGAGACCACAGCCGAGACCCCGCCGUGUCCCCCAGCAAGAGGCUCAAGGCCUCGGAGCCUGGUCUGCGGCUCCGCUUCGCCAAGCUCUCCGAGAACGCGUCCACCCCGUCCCGGGGCUCGGCCCGCGCAGCUGGCUACGACCUAUACAGUGCCUAUAACUAUGUGAUUCCUGCUAUGGAAAAGGCCAUAGUGAAAACUGACAUUCAGAUCUCCCUCCCUUCUGGAUGUUAUGGCAGAGUAGCCCCACGUUCUGGAUUAGCUGCAAAACACUUCAUAGAUGUUGGUGCUGGGGUCAUUGAUGAAGAUUACAGAGGAAAUGUUGGUGUUGUACUUUUUAAUUUUGGCAAGGAAGAUUUUGAAGUUAAAAAAGGGGACAGAAUUGCCCAGCUGAUCUGUGAACGCAUCUUCUAUCCUGAGCUGGAGGAAGUUCAAGUUCUGGAUGACACUGAACGUGGUACAGGUGGCUUCGGUUCCACUGGCCAGAAAUGAAGAGAGAUGUUAGAUGUAAUAAAUUCUUACUGUAUUUGUAUUUUAUUGAUUAAAAGGUUCUUUUUGUAAA